AUGUCACCAACUGCUAUUAGAUUGUCUCAAAAAAUAACCGUCACCCCUCAAUACAAAUACUAUUUACGUCGUAUUCCAGAUUUUGCCAUGUGGGCCACUGGUAUUGCUUGCUUUUUUGGAUGGCCACAUGUGAUGGUUGAUGUCAGCAACAAGAUGGUUGGUGCCCCAGGUAACAGAGGAUUCUUCUAUUAA